AUGCGGCUGCUAGUGGCACUGGCAGGUGGAGAGGAUGGAGACACCUUCGUCCUUGAAGAUCCUAUGAGGGUGGAGUUUGACAAGUCGAGAGCGACGCACAGUGCUGGGAAGACACGCAUUGGCGAUCGCAUCCAGAUGAGCGAUAUUGGACUGGUGCACCGCUCCAAGGCGCUGUUCAACAAAGCACCGAUUCCGAUGGAAGAGACAAAGUAUGACGCUGGAAAACGCCUUCGUGAUAAACGUGCGUCGAAGACUGAUGCAUCAUCACUCAUGGGGCUGACUUCUCGAGAGACCAAAGAACAGUUGUCGCCGAGCAAAGAUGUUUUCUUUUACGAUGGCACUCAACAAGUGCAUUGCGGUGGACGGAAGGAGCUCUCGGAAUGGGGAGAAGCUAGCAGUAUUACGGAAAAUUCAUCGUGGGGCUCUGAGAGCUCAUUCGAUGAGACAGAACCGUGGGUAGCGCGGACGUAUGCGUGGGAAGACCUGGGGGAUCGUGUAGGGCUUUCCGAAAGAUACUGCCGGCCGCCGGUUCUGGGUGAAAAGAGAUCGCUUAGGGAUAUCGCUAUACCCACCCAUUUCGAUUGUGGAAGUCAUCCGGAUGGGAAUCCGCUUGAAGCUCACGAAUUGGACGUAAUUCAGCGGGGUAGAGUCGACAAUGUACCGACGGGAUUUCCCGUCAGCGACGUUCCAACUGCCUAA